CACUGUACCUAAAAGAGUUUCAAAGAGAGACCUUUUCUUUAUGUGAGUGAGAAACCCAAAAAAUGGUGAAGAAGAAUAGUAUGGGGUGUGGCUAUUACGUCGUCGUUUUGGUGCUCUUGUUCUUUGGAGCUACAAUUGUGAGAUCAGAUUCAUCAGAUCACAAAUACAAAAAUGGAGAAGAAGUUCCUUUGUAUGCAAACAAAGUUGGCCCUUUUCAUAACCCUAGUGAAACAUAUCGCUACUUUGAUCUUCCAUUUUGUUCUCCAGGUCAUGUGAAAGAUAAAACAGAAGCUCUUGGUGAGGUGUUGAAUGGGGAUCGUUUAGUCACUGCUCCGUACAAGCUUGACUUUCUAAGUGAUCGAGAAACUGAAGUAGUUUGCAAGAAGUCAUUGUCAAAAGAAGAAGUUGCAAGAUUCCGUGACGCUGUUGCCAAGGAUUACUACUUCCAGAUGUUCUAUGAUGAUCUGCCCAUUUGGGGUUUCAUUGGUAAGGUAGAUAAGGAGGGAAAAUCUGACCCCAGUGAGUACAAAUACUACCUUUUUAAACAUCUUCAUUUUGACAUCCAUUUCAACAACGAUCGCGUGAUUGAAGUUAAUGCCCGAACUGACCCCAAUGCCCUAGUCGACAUAACCGAAGAUAAGGAAGUUGAUGUAGACUUCAUGUACUCUGUCAAAUGGAAGGAAACAGACAUCCCUUUUGAGAAAAGGAUGGAAAAGUACUCACAGACUUCAGCUUUACCACAUCAUUUGGAGAUCCACUGGUUCUCUAUCAUUAAUUCUUGUGUCACAGUUCUGCUCUUAACUGGUUUCCUUGCCACAAUUCUGAUGCGAGUCCUUAAAAAUGACUUUGUCAAAUACGCCCAUGACGAGGAAGCUGCUGAUGACCAAGAAGAAACUGGGUGGAAAUACAUUCACGGCGAUGUGUUUAGGUACCCAAAGCGGAACUCACUUUUUGCAGCAGCCCUGGGAUCUGGCACACAGUUGUUUACCCUGACAAUUUUCAUAUUCACACUCGCGCUUGUUGGUGUGUUUUACCCCUACAACCGAGGAGCUCUUUUCACAGCUUUGGUUGUUAUUUAUGCUCUUACAUCAGGAAUUGCAGGCUAUACUGCAGCAUCAUUCUAUUGCCAACUUGAAGGAAAAAAUUGGGUAAGGAAUUUGUUGUUGACAGGAGGCCUGUUCUGUGGACCGCUGUUUCUCACAUUCUGCUUCCUUAAUACUGUUGCAAUUGCUUAUCAUGCAACUGCAGCACUUCCAUUCGGUACCAUCGUUGUCAUUUUCCUCAUAUGGGCCCUUGUGACAUCACCAUUGCUUGUCUUGGGAGGAAUUGCAGGAAAGAAUAGCAAGGCAGAAUUUCAAGCUCCAUGCCGAACAACGAAAUAUCCAAGAGAGAUACCACAAUUACCAUGGUAUCGUGGAGCUCUUCCUCAGAUGGCAAUGGCUGGGUUCUUGCCUUUCAGCGCCAUCUACAUUGAGCUCUACUACAUAUUUGCCAGCGUAUGGGGUCAUAGGAUUUACACCAUUUACAGUAUCUUAUUCAUAGUUUUCAUAAUUCUGAUCAUUGUCACUGCAUUUAUUACGGUGGCUUUGACGUACUUCCAACUUGCUGCAGAAGAUCAUGAAUGGUGGUGGAGGUCUUUCCUUUGUGGUGGAUCAACUGGUCUGUUCAUCUACGGAUACUGCCUGUAUUAUUAUUAUGCUCGAUCAGACAUGUCAGGCUUCAUGCAAACCUCAUUCUUCUUUGGUUACAUGGCUUGCAUAUGCUACGCCUUCUUUCUCAUGCUCGGAACUGUUGGUUUCCGAGCGGCUUUAUUUUUCGUCCGCCACAUAUACCGUUCAAUCAAGUGCGAGUAAGAUGCAGAAUUCCACAUUGUCUUGGUUCAACUGGAAUUUGUGUUUUUGGUGUAAAAAUGUCACCGCUUGGAGUAGUGCAGCACAUUCCCUGAUAUACAAAGUGUCAGGUACAUUUAGAAUUGGUAUGGAGCAAAACAAAGCAGAAGAUAUGUUGAAGAAGAUGCUCAAAUCAGUUUUCAGGGGGCAGCUUUAUGUUAAACAGUGCUUUAAUUUGUGUUUAGGAACUCUAUUUGUAACAAUGAGUCUAUUAGUUAGCUCAGCUUAUGUUUCCUAGUAUUAACCUUUUUGUUAUAUAAAAUAUGGGUCUGUUAAUUACAUUCUUAGCUGUUUAUGCUCCAAGUAUUCUGUUGUUACACUUAUUGUAGACUAGCUUUUAACUCUUCUACCAGUUC